UUUUUUUUUUUGUAAUCCUAUAUGUCAAUUCUAAUUAUAUUAAUUUUAUACUCUUUUACAUUUUCCGAGUUCCUACAAAGCUUUUUUUUUCGCACUGAAUCUGUAGUAAAGAAUAAAAAGUCAAUAGAAGCUCUUAGUCGAAUGCAAUGGUUUUGUUACAUCCUUCGUCAUUUUAAGAAUAGCCGAUUCAAAACAGCCUUGAAAAAAAACUUUUGGUGUUCAAGUAAUCAAAGAUACAGUCACUCUCUCCAAAAUGAACUUGAAAGAAGACCGAUUAUGGAAGUUUGUUGAAUUGAGAUCUGCAGUUAUCCCUACAAACUGGAGUGACCGUUUUAACUGGGUAAAAAUGUUUGAACUAAUUGCUACGUUAUUUUUAUGCCUGAAAGAAGAAGAACGUGUUGAUAUGGAAAUGAAAAAGGAAAAUUCUGGUUUAACAGCUGUUCCAAAGGAAGAAACUCUUGCUGCGUUGUUGAGUUUUCCUGAAUUAUAAUAAAAAUCAAUUAUCUCUCUAUUGAUGAUCAAAAAUUUCUACUAGUCUUGCAAAAAUUCUAUUGAGUUCAACCCUUUCAUUUAGUUUAGAGCUAGAGAUAAUCAAAGCUGUUGGCAAGAGAUUUUUUCUAUUUCAUAAACCAAAAUACAGUAUCGAAUAAUUUUUAAUAUUGAAGCUUGGCUAAUUUCGUUUUGAAUAGUAAUAACUUCUGGCGCGUAUCUUUUAUCAUUUUCAUUCUGUGAGGAACAAUAUAUAAUAAAUAAUCCUUUAGCAUCAGCUCAAUCAAACUAAUAAUUCUCUGAAACGUGUCUACAUAUAAAAAAAUUAAAUUCUUCGAUAAAACAGCAUAUAUUUUUUUUAUGAGAAACCAAACACAAAUACCAAGCAAGUGAAUUGAU